AUGUCCUCGUCUAUACCGCCAGCCGCCGACGUGGCACCCAGGACCAGGCCUGAAAAAAGCCAACAAACCACGGAUGCAAAGCCCCGAUCCUUGCGUGAGCGCCUCAAGCACAAAGGAAGACAUUACUUGAACAAAGCCCCGGGUUUGCUCCCCUCUUAUGCCAAAGCACGGCCUUCCUCCCGGUUGAUGUCUAAUACCCUCAAAGAGAAGAUGGCGGUUCUUUGGAAGGAUGGAAAUUCCUCGCCGACAACAGACAAUGACCUGGAUACUCCAAGGGAUAAUAGCUCUACCGAUUCGAAUAUACAAAACGUGGUCCAGGUGGUGCCGACCGGGUUACAACAACACCCUGUAGACCAAACAGUCUCAGUCUCAGCAAAGACAGACGGGACCGAUGGAGAGGGCCCCGCAGCCAAAUCCGAAAGCCAUCGCCGAUGGAUCAAGGCUUAUCCAGGAGUGAGAAGGAAACGAGUUACCUCGACGCCUACCUUGCCACUACAUUUGGGUGAGCUUACGGGAGUGGGUAGCCAAUACGACGUUGCCAACAGGCCGGCAUCUGCGUUGAUCUUGAGCCCGUACAAUGCAGAUUUGAAAGAAAAAGACGAUAUUAUACGCCGGCGCAGCCUGAGUCAACCAGUGACUUCAACUUGCGAUACAGACAUCCCUGAGUAUGGUCAAAACUUUUCUUUUGCUACAUACAACCCAUCCGAACUCGAUCUUCUACGAAGGCUUUCCGAGGACACAUUCCAAGCCUCGACGUCUGCCCGAGACUCCACCUUUAGCUUUACAAGGCCUUCCUCUAUAAUUUCAGCUGCUAGCACGUACGACUCGUCCAUUGGCAGGGCCAGUUCCACGCCUUCUCGUCGACGAUCUCUUUUCAGAAAGACCCUGUCAUCUUCUUCAUCUCUCAAUAUAUACCGAGAAUCGCUACGUAACCAUCGAGAUCAUGACAAGACUCCCGUGCCGCCUAUCCCGUACCUAGACCCGCAAACCAAGGAACGACUCUCGGCAUCAGCAAAUAUUCCAGUAUACCAACAUCUCAUUGCUGCAUCAGAGCCCACUGAUUCGAUCGCGUCACUUGUAUCAGCCAAGGACAGCUCGUUGACUGUGUCUGAUCAGGUGGCUUUGGCUGGUUGGGUUGCCCAGCAGCGUCGUUUGAACAAAGGUUUACUCCUUUCUUCAUCAUUCAAUAAACCAAAAGUACAGUGGCCGCUUGCUAGUGGACAGCUUCAGGUUGAGGAGAAUCCCGACGAAGAGUUGAGUACCAUUGAGGAACGACUCUCAGAUGCAGGACCUCCGAGUGAGUCGAUGCGUAGACUGAGUAUGGAUGAUCACGUCGAUAGAGGUCACCUCUCUACCCCACGGAGUCAUCCAGCGAAAGCAAUGAUACCAUCCACAGGGACGAGAACCGAGAUCACACUUGAUGCUCGUUCUACAGCCCUCUCUAGCAAGGAUGAUACGGAACAUGGGUUGACUCCGGACACAUCUGUGACUGAAACUGAUACAAGCGAAACCGACGAGUCCAUGUCUGACGUCUCACGGCAGACGGAUGAGUCUUUCGAAGAGGCCUUUCUAGCUUCUUCUCUGGACCCAGCCCUCCUAGCCUCUGUCACCGCCUUGAAAGAUACGGUCACCGCACUGGUUGUCCAACGGGUUGUCGACUGGGUGAAAACUUGUUCACCAGGACUCAAUCAGAAUUCAGGGGCUUCUGACUCUACACAAUCCAGUGGUCAAAAUGGCCCAACGGCUGAAAGUGAUGCUAAUAGCAAAAAGAGGGGAAUCGAUGAUAGACAGAGUGAAGGUGACAAUAUCAAUGCUGGCGGCAGAGGAAACGGAGACGAUCAUGAAAAACGUCGCAAGACAGAAAGCGCGCCACCGGGAUCAGUACCAAAUCUCGCUUGCCCGUUUGUUAAAGAAUACCCCGGAGAAAGAUGGCCUCGGUGCCAAAAAGGCUGGCCAAGCGUUCAUCGGAUAAAGUGCACAAGCCUGCUUGCUAAAGUCAAGACACGAUUUGCUGACUAUAAUAGGGAGCAUAUUUAUAGAUCUCACAAAGCACCGAUUUAUUGCAAGAGAUGUUUUAGAAUAGUCAAGGCGGAGAAAGAACUUGAUGCCCAUCUCCGUCAGGACCCGGCUUGCGAAGUCGUCAGUCCAUCUAGAGAAAUGCCAGGUAUCGAUAACGAGACCAAAGAGCGUCUCAAGUCAAGGCGGGGCAUUCAGAAUAUUUCUGAAGAGGAAAAGUGGAAGCAUAUGUACAAGGUUCUGUUUCCGAGAACCGAAGAUAUACCAUCACCAUAUUGUGACUUGCAAAUCCUUGAGGCGCCCAUGACUGCAGAAACGCGAGCUCAAUAUCGCAGCUUUCUUCGACAGGAGGUUCCCGCCCGUGUGAUACGAGACAUAAACGCCAAUGUACGAAAUAUGCCAGGGUUUCAGUUUAGCUCUGAAGUAUCUGAGCGUUCACUCUUUGAAAUGGUGUCUUCUGCAGUCUGGAAUGCGUUUGACGAAGUCUUGCCGAGCCUGUUACCCCCGACCGAGCACAGGGAUCUCCCAACAAGCGCUCCCCCAGUCACCGAGGUUCUGGCCGAAUCUCAAGAUCAGACAUUGUCUGUUCCUUCAUUGGCUUUUCAGGAGGAGCCAAACUUUUUAAAUUCACAUCGCGAGCUUCCCAUUGUCGAAACCGAGGCAGCACAAGACUUUAAUGAUACAAGUAUAGAGGAUCCAAUUGCUAGCGUGGGCCUGUUGGAUCCUGGAAAUGUUAUAGUCAGAAACCUGGACUUUGAUGAGUUCGGAGAAUUUGGGAAUGGUCUCAACCCUGUUGUUUAUGACUUUAACUUUAACCUUUGGCCAUUUUAA